GCCCUGGGAAACGCGUGCAUUUAUUCAUAGCAAGUGUGCAAGGCUCACCAAUCGAGAGGCAGAGGCAGCAGUAGUCAGGCUUAGGUAUUCUGCCGUCUCUGGAUAUAAUUUUAGAUUUAGAUUCUGCUUAAAUCCAAAGGGAAAACACUUUAUAAGGCUGAAAGCUGUGUAGUUGCAACAGCCAGGGUUAUGAGCUAUCAAAGGCAAUUACAUUAAAAUAGAUUAUACUGCGUAAAUUGAGCCAUUUAGAAGGUGAGAACCAAAGAAACAGCUCUGAUCCCCCUUCUUUCUAAAUUGCAGUUUUAGUUCCUUGCAAUUCUGAGGCACAAAAGUAGGUGAGACUGCUUUUGUAUCUGCAAAGUGCUUUAUUUCUGAGUGUAAUUCUAACUGAGUGCAAUCUAGGUUAAAAGCUGGACAACUGGGUAAUUAGAGCUCACUUGCUGCUAAAGGACGAUCAGCUGUACCGUAGCUCAUUUGUGUUCCCAGAGACUUGUUCUCCUCUCCCCUGAGCGGAGGCUGCUGGAGAAGGAGCAUCUGUCCUCGGACUUUUCUUGGUUGCGGAGAUGAUGGUGCUGGACAAGGAGGACGGUGUGCCGAUGUUAUCCGUACAACCCAAAGGGAAGCAGAAGGGCUGUGCUGGCUGCAACCGAAAGAUCAAGGACCGGUACCUGCUGAAGGCUCUGGAUAAGUAUUGGCAUGAAGACUGUUUAAAGUGUGCCUGCUGUGACUGUCGUCUUGGAGAGGUUGGAUCAACUCUUUACACAAAAGCAAAUCUCAUUCUUUGCCGCAGAGAUUACCUGAGGCUCUUUGGUACCACCGGGAAUUGUGCUGCCUGCAGUAAACUGAUCCCUGCCUUUGAGAUGGUGAUGAGGGCCAGAGAUAAUGUUUACCAUUUGGACUGCUUUGCCUGUCAGCUCUGCAACCAGCGGUUCUGUGUGGGAGACAAAUUUUUCCUGAAGAACAACAUGAUCUUGUGUCAGAUGGACUAUGAGGAAGGGCAGCUGAACGGGAGCUUCGAGUCCCAGGUGCUUUGACCUCCCACGUAACAAAAGCGAUGAGAUUUGAAGCAUCUCCUGGAGAAAAAUUCUGAACUGUGUUCCUGCUGCGAUGCUUUGUGCAAUGAUUUUCAAGGUUAUGCAAUUCAUGUGCAACCCACUGGACUGUAUCAAACACAUUUCUUUGUAUGGUGAGUGUCACUUUAAUAUAGUGCACCAGUAGCUGUAAAGGAUGGCUGCAAUUCUAUUUAUUUUGUCUUCUGGCUUUUUCUUAAAUUUACCCCCCCUUUCCUUUAAUAAAUAGACACCGAGUACUUUUUUUCU